AUGGCUAUUCCCACCGCUCUAAAGUGCCGCACCCGCAAGAACCUUACCCCAGCCGAGCGUGCUGAAGUUAUCGCCUACCUCCUGAGUGUUAGUACCGAGCUAUCCCCUCCUCAAGGCGCCAUUAAAGCUUGUGCGACUAAAUACCCUUGUGGAGACGCUCAGAUCUCGCGAUUGUGGCAUCGAUCGGUUAAGGCCAUUCAAGCAGGAGCUCCUAUCGACUACGAGAGCGGUAGAAAGGGUCGAAGUGGCCGUAAGUCACGGUUGACGUUGGAGUUCCGCGUCCAACUCAACGAGGCCAUCGAACUUUUUCCCCUGGAAGACAGAACCGACAUCCGUACUUUGGCGAGUAGUCUCGGUAUUGCAAAGUCUACGUUACACGACUACUACCAGGCUAAGUUCGGUUCAGUUGAAAUAACUGUGAUUCGGAGUCGUGUUCUACAGCAUCGGCUGGUAACAGGUCGACGACGAGUAGCAGCACUACGUCUCGCUACCGCACUCAUCGGUCUUCUAUUGAUCUUUGGCGUUGUUCUUAGUUUCUUUAUGUAA